AUGUCCAGUAGCGUCGACGUCCACCGGCGUCCUGACAUCUGGUCUUAUUUCUCAUUCAGCAGCGCGCCCAGGCGACGCACCUCGCUCUCCUUGCCUCUCAAGAGCAACAGCACCUUCGAUCCCUUCGAGAAGGCCGAUCGCCACUCCACCCGCCCCUCGAGGUCCUCCACCGCAGCAUCCUCCUUCAUGAACGAAUACAAGGUCGGCGGCGGCAGCGGUAGCAGCACAAUGAACCAGGGCCAGCGGACCCGGUACCUAAAGGCCGGCGGCAUCAUUGCCUUCAUCCUCAUCAUCUUUUUCUACUUGGCCCCUGGCCACAGCCAGACUGCCGGCGCACCCGCCGCAGGCCCGGGCAAGUUCCCCGGCGGCGAUGUCGCUUCCGAUCCCUCUGUCGCGACCGAGAGGUGCACUCGCUCUUACUCCGCCGACAAGCCUCUCGUCCAGUAUGCCCUCAUGAUCGACGCUGGCAGCACUGGCUCGCGCAUCCACGUCUACCGUUUCAACAACUGCGGUCCUACGCCUGAACUCGAGCACGAAGAAUUCAAGAUGACUCCGAAGAAGGAGGGCGGCUCUGGUCUGAGCUCUUACAAGGCCGACGCCGAGGGCGCCGCCCAAAGCCUGGAUAUCUUGAUGGAUGUUGCCGUAGCGAACGUCCCCGAGAAGUUGCAGGGCUGCACUCCGGUCGCUGUCAAGGCUACUGCCGGUCUUCGCAAGCUCGGCCCCGAGUUGAGCGAGAAGAUCCUUCUUGCUGUGCGUGAAAGGCUCGAAACCAAGUAUCCCUUCCCCGUCGUCGCAGCCGACAAGGGCGGCGUCGAAGUCAUGGAGGGCACCGACGAGGGUGUCUACGCCUGGAUCACCACCAACUACCUGCUCGGCAAGAUCGGCGGCCCCGACAAGACUCCCACUGCUGCCGUCUUCGAUCUCGGUGGCGGCUCUACUCAGAUUGUCUUCGAGCCCACUUUCCCUGAUGCUAAGGACGGUGGUAUGCCCGAGAAGCUUGCAGACGGCGACCACAAGUACGAACUUAGCUUCGGAGGCCGGAACUUCACCUUGUACCAGCACUCCUACCUGGGCUAUGGACUCAUGGCCGCACGCGAGAACAUUCACAGGGUCGUUUUUGACGCGGCAUACGAGGAGGCAAAGAAGGCUGGCACUACUGAGACCUUCAUCAAGAAGCCCAUCAUGAACCCUUGCCUCAUCCCUAGUACUUCCCGAAAGGUCGAGGUUCCGCUGGAGGACAGCCACCCGCUCGGUAAGAGUGUUACCGUCGAAAUGAAAGGUCCUUCCGAGGGAGCUCCUGCUCAGUGCCGUGCGAUCGCCGAGAAGACCCUUAAGAAGGAUAACGAAUGCAAGCUCGCACCCUGCGCUUUCAACGGCGUUCACCAGCCCUCGCUUGAGAAGACUUUCGCUCGCGAGGACAUCUACCUCUUCUCCUACUUUUACGACCGCACCAGCCCGCUUGGUCUUCCUUCCAGCUUCACGAUCAACGAGCUUAAGGAGCUUGUGAACCGUGUCUGCCACGGUCCCGACCACUGGGACGUUUUCCAGAGCAUCGAGGGUGCUAUGGAUGAGCUGAAUGACCGCCCGGAAACUUGCUUGGACCUGAACUUCCAGUUGGCUCUCCUCCACAGCGGUUACGAGAUGCCCAUUGACAGGGAGGUCAAGAUCGCGAAGAAGAUCAAGGGCAACGAGCUUGGAUGGUGCCUUGGUGCUAGUCUGCCUCUCCUUAGCCAGGAAUCUGGUUGGCAAUGUAAGAUUAGGGAGGUUACGAACUAA